AUGCCUGACAUUGCCGAAUUUGUCCGUCUGAACAAUGCACCGGCACACCUGUCCUUUGUUGCAGACCACCACGACACUUACCCCUACAUCACACCCACAGGAUCAGAGCUAUCCGGCAAAUCUAUUCUGAUCACCGGUGCCUCCAAGGGCAUCGGGCGCACCACGGCAAUUCGAUGCACCAAGGCCGGAUGCUCGAGGAUUGUGAUCGCAGCCCGCUCCCAGCCCGGCCUGGGCGAUGUGGUGAAGGAGAUCGAGGAAGAGGCUCGUAAAUCCAACCUCGAGACACCCCAUAUCCUGCCACUGCAAGUCGACGUGACCUCGGAUGAAUCCGUCCGUGCCGCCGCCAAGGUUGUCGAUGAGGCAUUCGGAGGCAAGCUGGAUAUUCUAGUCAACAACGCAGGUUAUCUACCCGAAUUCAAGACCGUGAUUGAAUCGGACCCAGCCGAGUGGGUGAAAGGCUGGGAUGUCAACGUCAAAGGAACCUUCUUAUGCUGCCAUUACUUCCUUCCAUUCGUCUUGAAAUCGGAAACGAAGCUUGUUAUCAAUCUGUCGUCGGUCGGGGCUCAUACCUUGACAUAUGGCGGGUCGUCGUACCAGGCGUCGCGUUUUGCAAAUUGUCGGUUGACCGAGUUUCUGGCCCGAGACCACGAGGACGAGAAUCUUAUUGCUAUCUCGGUGCAUCCCGGUGGGAUCAAGACCGAUAUGCGCGACAACUUCCCCGAGAUGCUCCAUUCUGCUCUGGUUGACGAGCCGGCCCUCCCCGCCGAUGCCAUUAUCUGGCUUGCUAAAGAGCGGCGGGAGUGGCUGAAUGGUCGAUUUGUUUGUGCGACUUGGGACAUGGAGGAGCUGGAGGGCAAGAAGAAUGAGGUUGUCGACCGGGAUUUGUUCAAAUUCCGCAUCACCGUCUAA